AUGGCACCGUCUUACGCCAAUAUUUUCAUGGGCAAAUUAGAAAAACAAAUUAUUGCAACAUCUUUAUCCAAACCUUUGUCUUGGUUCCGUUUCAUUGAUGAUGUUGACAUGAAAUGGAUUGAAUCUCAACAAAAACUAGAUGAUUUCAUCAGACAUGCAAACAACGCCCACCAUUCAAUUAAAUUUACGUAUGAAAUUUCCGACUCUAAGAUAUUUUUCUUAGACACAACCACAUCUAUAAAGGACGGUGUCAUAUCAACAGACCUCUACUGUAAACCCACAGAUAAACAUCAAUACCUUUCUCCCCAAAGCUGUCACCCAAAACACUGUACAAAAAGUAUCCCGUACAGUCAACUUCUGGGAGUCAAGCGGAUUUGCUCCUCUGAGGAGGCUGUCACGAAACGGUUACGGGAACUUCGCGGAUUUUUGACAAAACGAGGUUAUGAGAAAUUGGACAUAGAUAAGGGUUUUGCGCACGCUAACAAUAACAGCCGCAAUGACCUCUUACAGUACAAACGGAAGAGGCGCAACAAAAUAGUCCCGUUUGUUCUUACAUACAAUCCAACCUUUAAUAACCUUUCACGUUUGAUCCGUGCCAAUUGGCAAACUAUUGCCAAACACCCUAAAUUAUCCAAGAUCUUUCCUAAUCCUCCUGUCUUAGCUUUUCGGAGACCAGCAAGUCUGAAAGACUUAUUUAGAAGUGACAAUUCCACAUCAACAUCAGGGAUAGCACGGUUUAUUCCAACUGGGAGAAACCAGCCAUCAACUGAUGAGAGAAGUGACAAUUCCACAUCAACAUCAGGGAUAGCACGGUUUAUUCCAACUGGGAGAAACCAGCCAGCAACUGAUGAGGAUGGCAUGGCAAUAUUAAUUAGACCAGGAGAAAGGAGUAGACGACAGGCAGCACAAAUAGCAAGAAAUAAUAUAAGAGGAUGGUGCAGUAAUAGAGGUUCAAGUUUAGAAAAUGAAGCUGUCCAAAGAAAUGACUCUAAUACUACUUCUUCAAUUAUUAGUGGUAGUAGUAUUGAUAACCAAGGACUGUCAGUAACAGAAUUACGGUCUCAGCAGAAUGAAGAGUAUCUGCAAAGUUUAAUGGCAGAUCAGAAAAAGGAACAAGAUAAAAAAGACGAAGAAGAAAGACUUCAAAAUGAUCAUCUGAGACAACAAAGUUUGGUAGCAGAAAUUCAAAAGUUACGAAAUAUGAGGAAAGAAAGCCUCCCAUCAGAGCCAGAUGAAGGAUUUGUACUUAAACUAAGAAGUGGCGAAAAAAGGAGAUUUACACAGUCAGACUUUGUUCAGGUGCUUAUUGAUUUUGUUGGUUGCCAGCAAAAUGCAACUAAGGAUUUUGAAAUUUCAAUUGCUGGCAUAAGCAGGAAAAUAAACUCUUGGAGUAGUAGUGGUAUGCUGGAAGAUUUUGGAAUUCAACAUUCAGCUGUUUUAGAAGUUGAAUAUGAUAUUGAAAAGCCAUGUACAAGCAUCAAUUCUCUUGUUCACAGAAGCUAUAAUGAGUUGAUGUCAUCACUAGAAUCACAAGAUGAGAGAGAAAGUUCUGAAGAAGAACCAAUGGAAAAUGAUGUACCUCCUCCUGUUAGAGAAUCAUGUGAUAUCAGAGACACCAUUCUAGAAUGGAAGUUGGAAUUAAUAGACCUUGACAAUUUCCAAACAAUAAAAGUAAGCAGAAGACCAGAAUCACUAUGGGAACAUUCUCUACGAUGUUUUCGGAGAUCUAGUUUUGAUGUCACAAAACUGUUAAAGGUUGAAUUCAGGAAUGAAAGUGGCCAGGAUGAAGGUGGCUUAAGAAGGGAAUUUUUAGAAAUUCUCUUUAGACAGAUGUUGUGUUCUUCACUUCUAAAAGACACAGGUGAUGGUUACGAAGUGACAAGUAACAUGAUGGGAAUGGUAAAUGGACAUUUCCAUACUUUUGGGAAAAUGCUUGGUACCAUUUUGAUACAAGGAGGACCAGUAAGCCCAGCAUUUUCACAUAUGAUGGUCAAUUAUGGACUGAAAGGUUUGGACAGUGCAACAAUUGACAGUGUUGAAGAUGUCAACUGCAAGCAGAUUAUUUCGAGGAUCCAGGAUGCUGAUAAUCCAGAACAUCUCAUGGAAGAUGAAUCAGUAAUGAAUAUAUUGGAAAGUGCUGGGAUUUGUGCAAUACUCAAUACAAAGACAAAACAUACAAUAGUCAGAUCACUGAUAUUGAGUAACUCUGUAAUUCUCAGAAAACAACCAAUGCUUGAUGCAUUUUGGGAAGGCACAGAGUGUGUAGGAUUAAAAACCUUACUACAAAAAAAACAAGAUCAGCUUGAGAGAAUUUUAUGUCACAGAUGUGGUAAGCCACCAAAAAUAUCUGCCGAGAUCCUCAUGGAAAUGGUGGAUGUCAGCACAUUUGGAAGAACUGGCAGUAAUGCUAGGCAUAAUUCUGAGGAUGUUGCUCAAAACUUUGAAAGUUUUGUGCAUGAUUGUGAAGAUGGAAUGUGUACCUAUGAUGGUGGUGUUGUUAAAGUGGAUGAUGUUCUAAGAUUCAUGACUGGUUGCAGCUCAGUACCUCCAGGAGGAUUUGAUGCUCGCUUCUCAAUUGGUUUUACUGAGGAAAGAAAAUACCCUACAGUUUCAACAUGUACAUUUGAAGUUGUUCUACCACUUCAUUUAAAGAAUUACAAUACCUUUAAGGACAUAAUGAUUGAAUCCAUUGUUUCAGGUCCUGGCUUUGGUCAAAUUUAACCUCUUAGUUAAAAAAGUUUUUUCCAACCGAAAUAAUAUAAAUAUUCAAAUGUACCUCACAGUUCUGAAACUGUCUAUCAGAUCUUAAAAGUAUCUGCAAAAUGUAUUGAUGCUCUGCAUAUGUAACGGUUUAUUUCUUCCGCUGUGAUAUUUUAUCCUGUGGAUAAUUUGUCAUGGUAAUUUUUUUCCAGGCAUGGUAUUUCACAGGUAGAAUUUUUCAUGAGAUCUGUGUUAUGCAGAUAGUAUGUACCGGUAUAUAUUUGCCGUUUCAUAUUUCACAGAACCUUGUGAAAUAUAGUCCCAUUAACUAGUAUGUAAGUUACUCGCAAUCAAUAUAUACCUGACUUUAAUUAUAAAAUGUUUCACAAAGGUAGAACAAAUUUGCAUAAUUUAUCAAAGGGAGGUAAUUAUGAGCAAUUUAUAUUUUAAAUUAAAGAUAUUAAUAUAAUAUAUUCCUGAAUCUAUUUCAUAGUGAAAUUUUUCCUUGAGUCUUAUUUUAUAUAUAUAGUCAUUUUUAUAACAAGAUGAAUUACAACAUGGAUUUUUAAUAAGACAGUUAUAACAUUUCACAGGUAAAUACUAUCCAGCUAAAUUUCUUUUGUUUCAAUAUAUUGUUAUGCUAUAAUUUAUCUGAUUUCCAUAUAAUCAACAACAACAUCUUUACCCCGAGACUAUUUAUAUAGUUAAAAAUAUUAUCAU